GCAAAGAUUGAAAGUGACACACUUUGAUUAGGACCCGGUCCUUUGCACCGACAAAUCCCGCUAUCAGCGCCACUGAGACACCGCUGGUCGCUCUUCGGUCGGGUUCGUGUCUUGUGCUGUCUUCCGGGUUGUCCGCUUUCCACAGACGAGCGUUUUCCCGGCCGUGUCGCGUUAUUUUUGCGCUUUUGUCUCUCUUCCGAGGAUGAAGCCAUGAGUUCAGAGGAGGGCAGCCUCACACACCACUGAGAAGCGCUUUGGGCUCAGAGCUCAGCAAACGCGCAAAGGAAGGACGAAAUAAAGUGCAGACUACAUCUGAAGUAGCCUGUAAAGUUAGUUUGUGCGCUCCGGUCCCACAGAAGGGUCCACGGUUCCAGGACGGAGCACCACUGGUGUUCACAAAGUCUCUCUCUCUCUCUCCCUCUCUCUCCCUCUCUCUCCCUCUAUCUCUCUCCGCCACCACUUCCUCACAGACGAGCAUCCUCCGUCCACCUCCUGCGUGCGUCCACCUCUCCACUCGCUCCGCCGCUUUGCGCGCUGUCGUCGCUCCCCACACCGCCACCAGUAACUAACUUUUUUCCUUGUGGCUCCCCGGUGCGGCUCCGACGGGUCCAGAUUCAGCACAGUCCCAGCGUGAUCCUCCGUGUAUCCGGGAGCCGAACCAAAGCCCAGCCCUGGAUUCAAUACUCCUGAUCAAUGGACAGAGCCUCCUCAGCGGCCAGCAGCGCUUCAGACACGCCGUAAACAACUCGUUCUCUCUGGCUGGAGCUCCUCUGGGGGUCUGGAGGAGGAUGGAGAGAGGAGGGGAGAGUCCCAUCACCCAGGACAGCCCUGAGCGGAGGGGAGGCAGCCCGGACCUCAGCGGCCUCCCACCGCCAGGGAAGAAGGGCCGAUUGGAGCUCAAUGGGAGCCCCACUGGGCCACGCAUGCGCCACAACGGAGCCCCACCAAGACCCCAAGGAGGUCUGAUGAUUCCAGUGUUCUGUGUGGUGGAGCAGUCAGAUGGAGGCAUUCAGACGGACGGAUGUGAGGGAAGAGAGGAGCAUGCAGAGUUUGUCUUGGUCAGGAAGGAUAUUCUCUUCUCUCAGCUGGUGGAGACGGCUCUGCUGGCCCUCGGCUACUCCCACAGCUCGGCCGCACAGGCCCACGGCAUCAUCAAGGUAGGAAGGUGGAACCCCCUGCCUAUACACUUCCUGACUGAUGCACCUGAAGCUACAGUUGCUGACAUGUUGUUGGAGGUCUACCACAUGGUCACACUACGCAUCCAGCUACAAAGUUUUUCAAAGCUGGAGGACCUGCCCUGUGAACAGUGGAACCACGCUACCGUCAGAAACGCUCUGAAAGAGCUGCUGAAGGAGAUGAACCAAAGCACUCUGGCCAAAGAGUGUCCUCUGUCACAGAGUAUGAUUUCCUCCAUAGUGAAUAGUUCCUACUAUGCCAAUGUCUCCACUGCCAAAUGCCAGGAGUUUGGUCGUUGGUACAAGAAGUAUAAGAAAAUCAAAGUAGAUUACCUGGAGAAGAUGUGGUCUGGACGAGAUGCUACUGACAUCAAAAUAGAGAGAGACAACAUGGCAGACUUCUGUGUGCUGGGCCAGAGACCUCCUCCUCACUUGGCCGGCCUGGCUCAACUCAGUCACCUGGGAGCCGGCAGCCCCCUCCUCAAGGCGGGAUCUGGCGAUCCGCAGGCGCCCUCCCAGCCGCCUCAGCAGCCUCCUCCGCCCCAACAACAGCCCUCCCCCCACGGUCCCCUCCACCACAGCCCUCCUCUCCGUACCAGCCAGGUGCCUCCUCCGCCCCCGCCCCCGCCUGGUGCCCUGCAGCCCCUGCUGGGACCAGGUGGGCUGCUCUCUCCCCAACUCUCCCCACAGCUGGUACGUCAACAGCUCGCCAUGGCCCACCUCAUCAACCAGCAGCUAGCCGUUAGUCGCCUGCUGGCCCAUCCACACCCCCAGGCCCUCAACCAGCAGUUCCUCAACCACCCGCCCAUCCCACGAGGAUCAUCCAAAUCUGGCGACCACCCUGGGGCCAACCCCUCGGCCGCUGAGGUCUCCUCUGAAAUCUACCAACAGGUCAGAGACGAGCUCAAGAGAGCCAGCGUCUCCCAGGCUGUGUUCGCCCGCGUGGCGUUCAACCGCACACAGGGCUUGCUGUCAGAGAUCUUGCGGAAGGAGGAGGACCCUCGCACGGCCUCGCAGUCUCUGCUGGUCAAUCUGAAAGCAAUGCAGAACUUCCUCAACCUGCCCGAGAGCGAGAGAGACCGAAUCUACCAAGAGGAGAGAGAGCGCACCAUGAACCCCUCAGUUGGCCUUCCCGCCUCCAACUCCUCCAACCCUCCUCCACGCCUCUCACAGAAAGUGUGGGAGAGGAGUUUGGAUGACCAGAUAACCCCUGACACCUGGGCCUCCAUCUGGAAGAACAAGACGAAGAUCUCCAACUCACCAAAGCCGUGUGGGCCGUCGCCUGACCUCCCACUGAAGCUGGAGUCGCUGGUUAACAUUACGUCGGGCAUCUAUGACGAAAUUCAGCAGGAGAUGAAGCGAGCCAAGGUGUCUCAGGCUUUGUUCGCAAAGGUGGCCGCCAACAAGAGCCAGGGUUGGCUGUGUGAACUGCUUCGGUGGAAGGAGAAUCCCAGUCCAGAGAACCGCACUCUCUGGGAGAACCUGUGCACCAUUCGGAGGUUUCUGACCCUGCCGCAGGCCGACAGAGACCUGGCAUACGAGGAGGAGUCCAGGCACCAUCACACCGAGAGGCUGCACACUGUCCUCCACCUGCCACAAGACACACAGCUCUUUUGUCUUUCUCGUCAGGCACUUCACAGGCCACCCCCGGCUCCGAUGAAGGAGCACCGCCUGUCCCCGAUGCGAGAAGAAUUGCUAUCUGCUCCGGUGAAUGAGGAGGGGUCACAGAACGUGGGAGCAGGAGCUGCAGGCGGAUGCCCACCUGGCACUGUUGGCAACGCUGGGAGCAACAAGAAGCCACGAUCACGCACUAAGAUUUCCAUGGAGGCCUUGGGAAUCCUGCAGAGCUUCAUCCAGGAUGUUGGACUGUACCCAGACCAGGAGGCCAUUCACACUUUGUCAGCACAGCUUGACCUGCCCAAACACACCAUCAUCAAGUUCUUCCAGAACCAGCGCUACCACGUCAAGCACCAUGGGCGCCUCAAGGAGCUGGGUGAGGGGGCUGCUGCCAGUGGAGGUGUGGACGUCAGUGAAUACAGAGAAGAGGAGCUGCUUUCGGGUUCAGAGGACCCAGAGUCUAGUGAAGAUGGAGCUGAGGAGAUCUUUCAGUCCACAGAGGGGAGUGGUGGGAGCACAGGGGGGCUGAACCAGCCUCCAGCCUCCUCCAGCUCCAACUCCAGCCAGUCGUCCUCAGGGACCAAUGUUGCUCAGGAGGAAGGCAAGGACAAGGGGCAUGGACGGCCUGGUGGCCCUCUGGCCUCUGGGAGCUCUUCAUCCAGUCCUAGAGAGCAGGCUGACUACCAGAGGUAGAGACUGACACACAGAGAGGAGACGACAGAGAAAAAGAGA